GUACCAUCAGUCAGCGGUGCGCUGGUUGGGGGCGGUAUUCCGGCUCUUUGCAGCUGCUCAAAGAUGGCGACGGAAAGACAGACUGAAGAGAAUUUUGUAGAAAUAUUUAACUGAAUAGGAAUUUAAUAAAACGCACUGUUUUGCAAAUUAUCAGUUGUCUCUCUUGACAGAAGAUUUGGCAGUAGAAGAUGAACCGUGCCUCGCUAUGGGCUGCGAUUAAGCUGAAUGCGUUGUGAUUUCCAGUAAUUGAGACAGUGAUUCUAACAAGCUGUCUACAUUAAUGAAAAGAGCAAUGUCGUCAGCUUAACAUAAUCACCAGUGUCCCAUGACCGAGUAGCAAAUACGUGGUUUUAUUUUUAGUACGGAAUUCAGAGGAAAUGUUAACUUCUGCAUGUCACUGAAUAGUUGUAAAGCUUAAAAGUCUGUUCAUUUUCACCGUUGGUAUUUGCAAAGUAAUAUUAAAGCUGACCAUUUUUUUUCACUGCUGUAUUAAGUAACAAGUAGAAUUAAAAUUGAAACGAUGGAGACGCAUGAAAUUGUUCCUCCCCUCCCGCAAGAUCUGCCUGAACCCAUGACUUUGGAGAGCCAUGAUUCUCCCCCGCCUCUCCCGCCAAUUACGAUGCAGCCUCCACCACCUCCCCUGCAAACGUCCAGUGACGCAGAGGUAAUGGACGUUGGCUCCGGUGGUGAUGGACAGUUAGACUCCCCAGAGGGGGACCGCGAAUCAGUUGGCACGGCACCGCUUCACACAAAGGGAUCGGGUUCCUUCAGCAGCCGCCUUACAGAUGAUGCAGAAACCAGCGUUGUGAACCCUAGAACCGCUCGCCACGCGGCCCCCGCUUCCAGCUUCUUACCCAAUUUAAAGCUGCUUAAAGAUGUAAAAAUCCGUGUGAGUUUUACAGAGAGCUGUAGACGCAAGGACAGGAAAGUCUUGUACACAGGGCAUGGUCAGGAGGGGGAGGCAGAAGCCCAUCUCGGUAACGAUAGCUUAAACAGUGACUUGCAUGAGAGCGAUCUUAGCAGUGCUAGUGGUUUGAACUAUCUGGGUGAGUCAAGCUUAAAUCAGGAAAAUAAAUGUGAGAAUGCAGAGGUUGAUCGGGAGACAAAAGUAGAGUUUGCAGUUCUGGAUGAACUGGAGGAUUUCACUGAGAAUUUUAUGGAAACCGACGAUGGAGAGAGAGCGGGUUUCCAGUCGGAGGCGAUCGUUCAGCAUGAGCCUGCGGAUGAGGAGAUCCUCAAUUACUCCUACGAGGACGAGUUCGAUAAUGAUAUUGAUGCCCUGCUGGAGGAGGGGCUCUCAGUUCCUAAAAAAAAGAUGCGGAUGUCUGAGUCUGACAAGUACGCCGGAGGAGAGAGUGACCAUCAGUCGGAUGGGGAGAUGAGUGUGCAGCCAAUGAUGACCAAAAUCAAAACUGUGCUUAAAAGUCGUGGCCGCCCCCCUACCGAGCCCCUUCCUGACGGGUGGAUUAUGACAUUCCAUAACUCUGGCAUUCCCGUGUACCUUCACAGAGAAACACGCGUUGUUACCUGGUCCAGGCCUUACUUCUUGGGAACAGGGAGCAUAAGGAAACAUGAUCCUCCAACCAGUACCAUUCCUUGCCUGCACUACAAAAAAAUUAAGGAACGAGAAGAAAGGGAACAAAACCGAGAGGUGACGCCGAACGGAGAAGCCUCCCCCGUGAAGGCAGGAGUGCUGGACACCUUGGACAGGGCUGAUGAGCCUGACUCCACAGCUCCUGAGGAAUCCGGUGCAGCCAGUCUGGGACCUGCUGCUGGCUCCACCUCAACCCAACUGCUCUCGGAGGAAAGGGAGACUCCGGCCAGCGAGGCAGCCCAGGGAGCGCUGUGCCAGGUGAAGGCCAAGGUAGAAGUGUGCAAAGACGAAUCCAUAGAUGUUGAAGAAUUUCGGAAAUACCUGGAAAGGCGGUUCGACUUUGAGCAGGUUACCGUGAAGAAGUUUCGAACCUGGGCCGAGAGGCGCCAGUUUAACAGGGAGAUUAAGCGCAAGCAGGCUGAAGCAGAGAGACCCAUCCUGCCAGCCAAUCAGAAACUGAUUACUCUGUCCGUGCAAGAUGCUCCAACAAAGAAAGAGUUUGUUAUUAAUCCUAAUGGGAAAUCAGAAGUUUGCAUCCUACACGAAUAUAUGCAGCGGGUUCUGAAGGUCCGCCCAGUGUAUAACUUUUUUGAAUGUGAGAACCCCAGUGAACCCUUUGGAGCUUCAGUUAUUAUAGACGGCGUGACGUAUGGUACAGGAACUGCAAGCAGUAAGAAACUCGCCAAGAAUAAAGCUGCUCGAGCUACACUGGAAAUCCUCAUUCCUGACUUUAUAAAGCAGACCUCCGAGGAGAAGCCUAAAGACACAGAUGAACUUGAGUAUUUUAACCAUAUCAGUAUUGAGGACUCGAGGGUGUAUGAGCUCACAAAUAAAGCUGGAUUACUGUCCCCAUAUCAGAUUCUUCACGAGUGCCUUAAGAGAAACCAUGGGAUGGGUGACACCAGCAUCAAGUUUGAAGUGAUACCUGGUAAAAACCAGAAGAGUGAAUACGUCAUGGCUUGUGGCAAGCACACUGUGAAAGGCUGGUGUAAAAAUAAGCGUGUGGGAAAGCAGCUGGCCUCUCAGAAAAUCCUGCAGUUGCUGCACCCCCACGUGAAGAACUGGGGGUCCCUUCUACGCAUGUACGGCAGGGAGAGCAAUAAGAUGGUGAAAAAGGAAAAUUCAGACAAAAGCGUGAUUGAACUUCAGCAGUAUGCCAAAAAGAACAAGCCAAAUCUUCAUAUCCUGAACAAACUGCAAGAUGAAAUGAAGAAACUGGCAAAGGACAGGGAAGAGACCAGGAAGAAGCCGAAAAUGACAAUAAUGGAAUCGGCACAGCCUGGCAGCGAGCCUCUGUGCACUGUUGAUGUUUAAGAAACUGCGACCAGGAGAUCAAAGUGGCACAAAAAACAAAUCUUGCAACCAACAACCCUUUACUGCAGAAUGCAAAGUCAACUCCCACCUCUCUAAAGUAUGCAUUGUAUUAGAGGGAAACGGCAAUGUUACUGGAGGGAUGCCUUGAUCUUGAGUACUGUUAAGAAUUACUGGCACAUUUUUUAAUGGGAAAUCUAUUUUGUUCCCCACAACAUGCUCGCAGAUGCAAUACAACUCCAAUGGGAAUGCACGUGCUCGUUUUUAUAAGGAAAUGACUUGCACCCACUCAAAUAAAGAUUAAAAAAAACCUUUUAAUUAAGUAAUAAAUCAAUAAAUAUUUGUGUUGACGUCUGCAACUGGAAACGGAUGCAUUUUAAAAAAUAUAUAUUUUAAACCGAAUGCAAUAGACAAGGUUUCAUGUUGUAUCUGCAUCUGUCCUAAUGUUUAAUAUUGGCAUGGACAAAGUUGUUUAACUGAAUUGAAAUAUAAUGGGUAUGUUUUAACAUUAGUUUAAGAAACAGAAAGGGAAUGGCUUUUUCUUUUUUCUUUUUCAUUUUUAUUUUCUCAAACAGCUGUAAUUUGAUUUGCCGUUAUGGACAUGCAGAAUAAAACAGGAAUCUUGCAUCAUAUCAAAGGUUUGCUUUAAUUGCUGACCAGUUAAGCAAUUCAAAUUUCACUGGAUGUGACAGGAAAGUAAACCAGAGCACAAGCACUUGAGAAUACUUUGCCAGGGAAAAAUGAUUAAUAUUAUUGUAUUACUAUUAUUUCUGCAUCAAAGGUAGGAAAAGCACAUUUUGUUGAACUAUAAACAAUAUGCAUCUUCAAAGCUUUGAUGGAUUGAUAAAAUAUGAAACACUACAUUAAUCAUUUAAGUUUUAAAGUUAAGGUAGCUCAGUUAUCAAAACUAAGGGAGCACAUUCUCAAUGGUAAACCAUGUUCUACAAGGCUGAAAUGUCAUGAAAACUCCUAUUGGCACAAAUAAAGCAAUUUUAGAGUGGAUGUAUAUCUCAAAAGCUCUACGUAGAAUGGCACAUGUUGCCUUAGCAAAUCUUACUUCAUUUUCACGAAGGGCUCGUGUCUUCAAGCAAGGGGAUUAGUAGCAGGAAGUUCUUGUAAUAACCCUUGGGUUAACAGUGCAAGCCCUUUUCAUUAAACCUGCUUUGCAGGGCUUUACUUAAGAAGGGUGAGGUACAGUAUGUAUUUGCUGCAGUUAACAGCUGAAAUGUUUCUGGUGAAACGUUGCCUUUAGCAUGUAUUGAGUUAGAUUACUUGUCUUAAUGGCUUGUGUACGUCUGUAUUUGUAACUUUUGACAACAACUUAACAAUUGUCCUGUUCAUCUCAAAACGAGUCAGUUUAUUUUACACUCAAGGUACAUUGUGUGUGUGUGUGUGUGAUGCAGUGAUAACUUUAGACAAUCGCCUAACAACAAGAAAAAGGUACCAGCCUUUAGCGUGAUCAAAAAUGUGUACUUAAGAUUAAAGCGACCCACUACUAUCUCUACAGAGCAUUAAAAAAGCAGUGUGAACCAAAGCUUCAAUAAUAUCGUCUUAUGCAUUUUCUAUGGGAUAGUGUAGUUUGCUGCAUUGAAAAUAAAAAUAAAAAAACAGGAGAGAAAAAAAUGCAAUAAGUGCUGGAACAAAAGUCAUUUCAACUGCUGUACACUCAUUCUGUGAAGUAUUUCAGUGUGUGUGUGUGCGUACGCCUGCGUGCUUUUUCUCAAUGUUUACUGAUGUUUUUGUGUGUGGGUGUGUUAAAAUGCCAUCACUCACUGUGGCACAUAAGCUCAAAGCAUAUGUAUAAUCGGGAAUAGAUGGAUGCUUUUUAAGAAUGUGCUUUUUCAUGCAAUUGUUUGGCCAGAGAGAACUGACAUUUUGCGCCUUUUGUCUGUCUUGCAAAAUGUGCGUUUCACUGUAGUGUGGAGAAAAUGAAGCUUUCUUUUUAUUACUUGGUACAGUCUGACUUGUAACUUGUGCUAGAGCAGCUGCCUAGACAAUGAAGUAUGUCCUGUAAUGUGACUAAGUGACUGACUUUUUCAAUGAAAUUUGUUUAUGCAAAUAAACCUCUAAGCUCAA